GCAGUGUGUCAAGUUACCGAGGCGCCGCAAUCUGCCGCGACCCGCCUGUGCCAUGGGGCCCUUCCGUUGCGCCCCUGAGCCCCGGGUCUAGACUCGCGCUCGGGGCACACGGGAGACGGCGCAGCGCCCGCCGCGCACCGCCACCCCGAGGCCCCUGCGGAGUGCCGGCCGGCCCGAGGCCCCGAGCUGCCCUGGACUUGGAGCGUCCUUCCAUGUAACGUUUCCCCGCACCUGGGUGGACCCCGAUUCUCGCCGUUGUUUUGGUUUUGUUUGCAUUUUUCUUCUAUUUUUUUUCUUCCCCCCCCUCCUCGUCCUCCUCCCGUCCUCCUGCCUCCUGCGAAUAUUUCCGUCCUCUUGACCGAAGCCAGAGGAAAAAGAACUUUUUUCCGAGGGACUCCAGCCCUUUCCCUCCGCCCCCUGCCCCGUGGCUUGGAUCGCGCUUUUGGGCAGCGGCUCUCGCUUUUAUUUAUUCUAUUUAUUUAUUUAUUUGGUUCUCGACACUCCGGAGGAUGGUAGCGGAGCGCGCUCGCAAGGCGGCGGCGGCGGGUGCCGGCGGCGGCCCCGGGGAGCCGGGCGCACCCGAGCCGGGGGUGCCCGUCGAGCGCUGCGCGCGGCGGCCCAGCCCAGGCUCCUGCGGACUGUGGGCGCUGGCCCUGUGCUCGGUGGCGCUCAGCCUGCUCGCCCACCUCCGCACCGCCGAGCUGCAGGCCCGGGUGCAGCGCCUGGAAGCCGAGCGCGGAGAGCAGCGAGUGGAGACGGCUAUUUUGGGACAAGUCAACCAACUGCUGGAUGAGAAAUGGAAGCUUCACUCGCGGAGACGCCGGGAGGCCUCGAUGCCAUCUGUGGGGUGCAAGUGCCCGCCAGGUAAGGAGUCCCCGGGAAUGGAUGACCAGGAGGGGGGCGCACCCGGGCCCCUGCAGAGCACCACUGGAUUUGACUGA